GUCAGGAUCAAAUAGAGGACGACGGAGCCGAGCGCUCACAGGCAGCGAGGACUCCAUCAUCGGCGCUGCGCCUGAACUUAAAGACGUAUUUAACACAGUGUUUCAUCCGUGAUUAAAACACCGAGCUGAGGGGAGCCAACAUGCGGUUGCUGUGGGUGUUUGGUGCCAUUUUAUUUUAUUUUCACCAAGCCUUUCCGAAGACAGGGGCUGUGAUUUUGCUUGAGCCAAAUGAGGUCAUCAACAAGACAGCUGCUACACUCAGCUGCAACCUCACCAACCCAGUGUCUCCUGUCAAGGGCUUUUACUGGACCAGAAAUGGCAAGAAAAUCGAGGGAACCCAAAGUGAACACGGACUCCUCUACACAGAGUACACCAUUAAUAAGAUUGAUUACCACUCUGCAGGAAAAUAUUCCUGCAUCUUCUUGACUGACCCUGUAGCGGAGGAGAGCAUCGAAGUCAAGAUUCCUCCCCAUGUUGUGCCCUACAAGCACUCUGAGAACAGUAAUGAGAAGGAUAAGGCUGUGCUGGUGUGUGUGGCUCAUAGCUACCCCUUGAUUGUUGACUGGAAAUGGUACAAGCUCAGUGAAGAUUCUGAGGACAAGAAGCCCCUCAAUAGCUCUGGGAAAUAUAUGAUCAAGAGCACUCCUAGCAAUUCAACGCUGUCCAUCGAUGACCUUGACAUGGAAGAGGACAUGGGCAACUAUGAGUGCUUUGGGGAGAAUGAGCUAGGCUUUAAAUCUGCCGUGAUUCACUUGCGUGUGCGCAGCCGCUUGGCUGCCCUUUGGCCCUUCCUUGGUAUCGUGGCUGAGGUCAUCAUCCUUGUCACCAUUAUCUUCAUCUACGAGAAAAGGAGAAAGCCCGAUGAGAUUAAUGACGAUGAUGACUCAGGAUCUGCCCCACUAAAGAGCAAUGCCGCUACAAACCACAAAGACAAGAACGUGCGACAAAGGAACUCUAAUUGAGAGGAGAGCGGGUAACCUAAAGACUACUAAUCAAGAUACAAGAAAAGAAUUAAGUUUCUGAGAAGCACAUUAUCUAGUGCACCCUGCAAUUUCUGAAUAAUUGUUUUGCUUGAGUGUAAAUGUCUUGAUGUUGAUUGGUCUCCUUUUUCCUUUUCCCAGUAUUCCUCUCUGUAUUUUUAAAAAUGGGUUUAAGGGAGGGAGGGGGGAGAAAUUGCAUGAUUGUAUUCUUGCUGUAGAAGUGUGUUUUUAGUGAAACCCUUUUAAUGUGGGAAUUAACAAUUGGUGAUUUCUUUCAUGUUGGCUUCCUCCACUGUUUGUUAAUUCUAGCCUGGGUAACAAACUGUUCGCAAUGCGAUCGUCCUACCAGCGUCAUCUAGAACGAAUUAAAUUACAACCCACCCAUGUUUGUCAGCUGUCAUGGCCAGGUUUCCGAUCAAUCAGGAGGCUGAUCUCUCCCUUUGGAUUAGGGAGAAAUGUGGUCAUUUUGUCCAGGUUUCUUUUUACUUCUUUCUAACAUGCCAGCCAGUCAUUUGAACAAUGAUCAUUAACAAUUUGGUACCCAGGCUAUUGUAAUUUUGCAUUUUUUUUUCUAAAAUAUUCAAAAGCCUCUGUGACGUAUUCACUGUUUGGCAGCAUGGGAUUUGCAGAAGUUCAGAUAUUCUUGAUGUCUAACUGCAGCGAAGCGGCGCUUUUAUGUGUUUUGGGAUUUAAUUUUGUUGGGGUUUUUUUUUGUUUUUUUUUUUAGUAGUCAAGACUCCUAAUGUCAUUAGUUCACUUGGCAAUUUUUUUUCCUGUAAGCCUUAAUGUUAAUCUACUUCACUGUAUAUGCUUACUUUGUAGUUGUAGAAAUAAAGUUAAUUACGAACUACUAAUUCAGCGCGCACACACACACACACACACACCCGCGCACACACACUACCACGUCAUUUUUGCAGCGUAUUGCACUGUUAAAAUUAAGACAACCUCUUCUGUUUGCUUAAUGUUUUUGGCUGUAUUUCUGGACACAGACCAGCUUAAGUCUUAGUCUUAAGACUAGGCUUAGGCCGGAGAGUUACCCUUUGAGAUUGUUCUGUUGAAAGGCUUUAAAAUACUGGCUCUGUAGUUUCCAAAAGCAGCAGUAAAACCCGAUUAUGAGGACCAAGUACGAAGUACGUGCCAUUUGCCACUCAGUUAUGAAAUCUAAUUUACCUUUCCAGUACUAAAACAGAGGACCUUCAAACUUUUUAUGUAACUUUCGAUUACUAAGUAAAGGUGACAUUUAGUGGAGGUUUUUGUUUUGCAUAUUAAUACUCUUGUAAACAAUUCAGAAGCCAUACUUUACACAGAGUUGUUUAGUAUUGUGACUGAAUGUGUGCCAUUUCUUUGUUAGGAGGCAUGUUGACUAUUAACUUGUUAGAACUGUAUAAAUUAUUUUGCCUUAGCAACAUAGGAAAUCUGAAACACUGUCAACUGUAUGGACUUGCACAAUCUGAAUAAAGUUAUUUGGUUUGAUUUUAACAUCAA